AUUUUUUACGCUGCCUUUCUCGACUUCGUAGAAAGCGCGCCCAUAAAAUGAUCGAAGUGGGUUAAGAGAAAGUCAAUUCUUAUUUACUGUACAUUUUCUUGUCAAUUAAAGACCAAAACGUCCCAAGUCUGCAAACUCCUCCUUAGCAGUAGCAGUGGCAUAGGAAUUGGCACUUCUUGUAUCAUCAACAAUGGAGACCGCGGACCAACCUUUCAAAGAAUACCCUCCCUUCGUCCGCAUCCACAACGACGGCACCGUCGAGCGCCUCAUGGGCACCCAAACCCUGCCGGCGUCUCCCCUCUCCGACGUUGGAGUCUCCUCCAAAGACGUCGUCAUCUCUCCCAAUGUCUCCGCCCGUCUCUACAUCCCUCACUCCGCCCUUUCUUCCACCAAAAAACUCCCCACCCUUGUCUACUUCCAUGGAGGAGGUUUCAUCAUAGAGUCCCCCUCCUCGCCUCACUACCAUUCUUACCAGGAUGCCCUCGCGGCAAAGGCAAGCGUGAUCAUCGUCUCGGUAAACUACCGUCUCGCCCCCGAGCACCAGCUCCCAGCUGCCUACGACGACUCAUGGGAAGCUAUCAAGUGGACCGUUGGUCUGUCCGACGAGUGGCUGAGGGACCAUGCCGACCUCGACCGCUUGUUCUUUGCCGGGGACAGCGUCGGGGGCAAUAUCGUGCAUCAGAUGGCGCUGAGGGCAGGUGAGACCGCAUCAUCAGAGGUAAGAUUGCGCGGGGCAGUAUUAGUCCAUCCAUUUUUCUGGGGACCAAAUUUGAGUGAUACAGAGAAAGAACAGAACGGGUUUGUGGACAUGUUCUGGAGGCUGGUUAGCCCAGAUGUUGGUGCUAUGCAGAGUCACUGGGUCAAUUGGGAGGCAGAGGGGGCGACGCCGUUGACGAAGCUCGGAUGUCGGAGGGUGAUGGUGUGCGUUGCAGAGCUGGAUUUUAUAAAGAAGGGAAAGGACUAUUAUGAGGCAUUAAAGGAGAGCGGGUGGGAGGGGAAAGUGGAGUUUGUGGAGACUGAAGGGGAGGGUCAUGUGUUUCACUUGCUUAACCCCGACUGUGAGAAGGCCAGGGUGUUCAUGGAGCAGGUCGCCUCGUUCCUUAAUCGGGUCUAGCUGUAAGCAAUCUUGCUGUCUCUCUCUACUUGGUUUGUUUCCUUUCAAGAUUUCCAUCUGCUUUACUGGGUUUGUUUCUUUUCAAGAUUUCCAUCUGCCUCUCUCUCUCUGUUUAAAUAGGAUCUACACUGAGUUUGUUACUUUUCCACGUUUGCCUUCUCUUCUCCUGUAAAUUGAUCGUAUGAUGCAGCGAAGCGAUGCGCACUAUGAUUAUCUAGAUACACUUUCCAUUAA